GGGAGAGGGGAGGGGAGAGGAGGGAGUAGGAAGGGGGAGUGGGAAAGUGACAGUGAGAGGGGGGGUGGAGGAAGGCGUGAGAGCAGCGAUAGGGAAAAUGAUGAAGUCACAGAUUGGGACAACUACCAAAGCUACAUCUCUGAGGACAUGGAGAAGCCCGAAGUGAACAAUGUUGUAGAAAUUAAAUCAGAGAAGCUUCGAGAGGAAACACCAAUUCCAUUUUUGGAAAGUGACUCAGAACUUGAAGGUCUAAUGGAAAAGUAUGAAUCGGACGAUGACCAGGAUGAUCCAGAGAAGAUGCAGUGUGGAGACGGACAGGGAACUGAAGUCAGUUCUGGUUCAGAAGUGGAUCUACAGCAAGGAUCUGUGUGUUCAGAAGUGGAUCUACAGCAAGGAUCUGUGAGUUCAGAAGUGGAUCUACAGCAAGGAUCUGUGUGUUCAGAAGUGGAUCUACAGCAAGGAUCUGUGGAGAGCAACAGUGAGGAGGAGCCUGGACAUGUAGUUUUCGUUGGUGACUUGGUGCCAGGCAAAUGUACACAUGCCUAUUUAAUCCACCUCGCUGAACUCUUCGGGAAGAUUAAUAAAGUAGUGCUAAUUAAAGGAAAGGGAGAGGGAUUUGUGGAGAUGCGCAACAGUGCAGACGCCCAAGCCAUGGUCAGGUUUUUCAAAGCAAAACCACCUGUUAUUCAAGGAAACAUCCUCAGAGUGGAGUUGAGCCAGAAGUAUAAAACGUUGUGUUUGAAGUUGCCAUACUCACACCGCACUGGUGGUAUCAUGCCCCUAAUUGGGCAGUUUGGUGCUUCUGAAAAUGUGUCUGACCCAAAAGACAUUUUAAUAUCAACAAGCACCCCAACUUUAGCCGAGCUUCGGGCUAAACAUUCAGCACAGCUUCUGAAGUGGGCCAAUGUGCCACUUGAGGGCAAUAUGCCCACAAAAGACAAGAGGUGGAGCCCACAGACAUAUGAAGGAAAAGAACUUGAGUGCUUUAGAUUCUUACCAUAUGCUUUCAAAGUUCCAAUGUUAGAAACUCACCGACAGUAUUUGCAAAGUAUUACUGGGUCUCCUGAUAUGUAUGAGAUCGAUACACCAAAGAUAGACGAUGCAUUUAUUCAACUCUUGGUGGGUAAGAAAGUUAUAAGUUCUCAUGAUGACUUGGACAAGCAGUUGGGUGAACCAGAGAGAAUAUUAUGUAAGGCACAGUCAAAAGUAGCGGAAAUUGUACAUCCAGUUGUACUAGCCAUACAGAAGUAUGAAUUCGAUGAAUUGUCUGGAGAAUUAGAUACUCUCACUAAAGAACAGUUGAUAGAAAGACUGCAGUCGACAAUAAUUUCAUGUCAUCAAUCAAUUCUAAAUGCUGGACAGACUCACCGCUGGUUAACUGAACUUCAGACAGAGAAUUUGUUGAAGUUAUUCAAAUUCGGCCACAUGUCUGUAAAACCACAAGACUAUCCAAAUGUGACAUCGCCUGAUCUACUGGGUGCUGAACUCGCAGAACAAAUACUAAAGAAAGGUGAGGUUGUGAGGCGUAAGACCGCUCUUCCACCAAUGAAGAAAAAAACACCCAUCAAUGUCUUCAAGAAGAAAAAAGUUUCCCCAAAACAGUGGAGGGGGUCACAUCCAUACUAUUGGAGUUUAAAGCCAUUCAGAGGCCGUGGAGGACCAUUUAAAGGACAUGUUCGAGGACACCCAAUGUUUUAGGACCGAAAAAUCUUAAAACCAACAAAAAU